GCUCCUCGCUUCCCCGCGAGAUGGCAGAUCUCCUGGCGAGCGACAUGGCAGCGGCAGACGAGGAGGACUACAUCCCCGGCUUGACCAACGAAAAGCUCUUCGGCACACUGCCCGAGAGUGACGGCAUAUCAGUCUUACUCAAGCGACACAUACCGCCCGAUCAGAUCCCACUCAGAGAUCUGUCAGGUCAAGCCAGAGGAAGGCAUCUGCCAGAGCUCAUCACAGCCAAUGCGUGGAGAGCGGUGGCCUAUUUUGCACAAGACCAGAUCGUCUCCUCCGAUGCCAGUCGAACUGCUCUGCUGCUCGACCUCUGGACCGUCAGAUUCGUAGCGCUUCAGCAACUGAGACUGUACCCGCUGCUUCUCUUCGAGCUCGGCAAUCUGCUUGAUCUCAUGCCUCCUCUGGUCGUUGCAAGACCGACAGCAGACGAGAGCUAUUUUGCAGCCAAUGUCCCUUUCGAGCUGCUCGUCUUGCAAGCGCGCUUCAAAGACAAAGGCGCACCCCUUGCCGUGCAAGAAGCGUUCUUUGAGCUCAUACGGACAUGUCGAUUGGAAACGCAAAGACAUGUUCGAGCGCAGAGGAAGGAAGAAGCAGCAAAGUGGCAACGUCGGCUAGUCCGGGUCAAUCUGAUGCUGGCUUCUUACUUUCUCGAGAUUAGAGACUUGGCAUCUUCUGCGAGCUUACUCCAGGAGAUGCUGAACGGACUGCAAGGGUCUCAGCUGCUACUGGAGCGCGCGCAGGUCUUCAGUGCAGCCAUUCGAGUACAUAUCGAGUCUGGCAAUCUUGCACGUGCUGCCGACUUACUGGGCAGCUUUGGAAGCUUGCUAAGUGCAAAGGGCAGCGAUCUGGACAAGGUCGCGGUUGAAUAUGAACGAGCCAAGAUGUCAAUCGCUGCUGCACGGGGAGAUUGGAAGGCUGUCCUCGCCUCGCCUCGCAAUGACCUGAUCGCAAGCAAUGGAAAAGCGAUCGCUACACUCUCACAAGGCUCGCUGAACGAAGCGACAGCCACGAUAGAAGGAGCGAUAGAUCGACAGCCGCGACAGAGCUACGCAAGCGAAGCAACGCUCUACAAUUUGGCUACGCUGCUCGAGCUAGGCACAGAUACGGGCAGGAAGCUAGAUUUGCUCGUAGGAGCGGGUCAAUAUGGCAGCGAAGGCUUCAGGGUAGGCUGUCUGAAGAUCUAGGCAACGGAACUGCCACUUUUGCUAGCGUGUUGCAUGUCGUUGUACAACUCAGCUCCUGCACAUACGCACACGGAGCAAGUCUAUCGUCUGGGCGGG